AUGCAGGCUGAUGGAGGGCUGGAUCAACUGCAGGGAGACGCGAACAUGCCUGAGUCUCGAGGGAAACCCCGAGGGUUCGGAGUUAUGACGGCGGCUCAACGGUUGAAGCACAAAGAGAAGUGUUCGGGGGCGAAGAGAUUGACCAUCGCAGACAAGAUGGAGAUAGUGCGACUCCAUUGCGCUCCGUCCAAGGCAGACAGAGUGACGGUGAAGAAGCUCGCGCUCACCUAUGGCGUCAGCGAGAGGGCGAUCAGCAAGAUCUGCUCUGACAAGCACCGAGGGAAGAUGGAGGAGGUGAGAGAGCUUGGAAGAGAUCUGGGUGGGUCGAAGAUGAUGCGCGACGAGACACACCCCGAGCUGACCAAGAGGCUCCUUACAUGGAUCGCCAACGUCCGCAAGCGAGCAGCCAACGACAAGGACGGAGAUAUGUGCAUCACGAAACACAAGCUGCAGUGCAAAGCUGAGGACCUCGCCAAGGAGAUGGGCAUCACCGACUUCAAGGCGACCAACGGGUGGCACUGGCGAUGGUGCGGCCGCCAUGGCCUGAGCAACUCGAACAAGAGGGAGAAAGCUGUGAGCAUGGAGCCACCUGAGGCAGUCGACUCGCAGCUGCAGGAGAUCCGCACGCAGCUGUCCCAGGUCCUGCACAAGGUCGAUGUCAUCUGCACUUGGCUGUCCUCCCAGCCCAACAACCCGCUCACCAACAUGCCCGUCCAGCCCGUCCAGCCUCAAACGAGUUUUCGCCAUGGCAGCGUCAACCUUGGGCAGGUGGCCGCGAGCCCUGCCGUCGCUGUCGGGAGAGGUCUGUCGCAAGAGCACAGCAGCGGCCUGUCAGGUGUGGAUCCCAUGGCGUCGGUCAUGGCGGAGCGGCAGGGGAUGGAGUUGCAGUACUCAAGAGGAAGGGAUGGGCAUGCAACAGGGGUGGACGGGGGCAGCGAGAGCGGCAUGGGAAGGUACCCGAUGUCGCAGAUCGAACAGGACUUUGUGAGCUGGAAAACCUCCCAGCAUCCUUCAAUGCAGUGA